AUGGCGCCCAGGAUGUUGGUUGUGUGGGGUGUUGUUCUGGUGGCGGCGUCCGCAGCGACCGAUGUGGCGGGCUGGUCGCCCGGCACGGCGACCUUCUAUGGCGGGUCCGACGGGUCCGGAACCAUGGGCGGAGCGUGCGGAUACGGCAACCUGUACAGCGCCGGGUACGGCGUUAACAACGCGGCGCUGAGCCAGACGCUGUUCAACGACGGCGCGUCGUGCGGGCAGUGCUACGCCAUCACAUGUGAUGGAUCUGGAGCACGCACGGGCAGCCAGUACUGCAAGCCCGGCAACACCGUCACCGUGACGGCCACCAACCUGUGCCCACCCAACUACGGCCUCCCCAACGGAGGCUGGUGCGGCCCGGGACGCCCGCACUUCGACAUGUCGCAGCCGGCAUGGGAGAACAUCGGCGUCGUCCAGGGCGGCAUCAUCCCUGUCCUGUACCAGCAGGUCAAGUGCUCGCGCAGCGGCGGUGUGCGCUUCAACAUCGCCGGCUCCAACUACUUCCUGCUCGUCAGCAUCCAGAACCUCGGCGGCAGCGGCUCAGUGGCAGCCGCUUGGGUCAAGGGCGAUAAGACGGGGUGGAUCCAGAUGUCUAGGAACUGGGGCGCUAAUUGGCAGGCUCUGUCGGGGCUCACCGGCCAGGCGCUCAGCUUCGCCGUCACUAGCACCGGCGGGCAGUACAUACAGUUCCUGAACGUGACGCCGACGUGGUGGCAGUUCGGACAGACCUACUCCACCAAUCAGCAGUUUUACUACUGA